CCAGAGCCACAGAGAGCUGAGGUCUGACUGGAGCGAGCAUGCUGUCCUGCCAGCUCGUAGCCGUACUCCUCCUCCUGCUCGCCGUCAAGUCCACCACCUGCGUGGGGCGAAGCUCUUCAGUAUCCUCUCAGAAAGGUGAUGGCAGCAAUACUCUCUCCCAUUGCCUAACGGGCAAAUUUUCAAACAGCCAGAAGACUGAAUGCCUGCCCUGCAAGGAGUGCAAAUCAGAAAAUAACGUCCUGUAUAAGACAAAUUGCACAUCCACCUCGAACGCUGAGUGCCAGUGCAAAGACGGGUUUGAGUUUGAAAGUCAAGAACAGGAUCUGUGUCUGCUGAGGCCACAGUGUCAAGAGGGAGAGCAGCUGAGCAUUGAAGGCAGCAAUGUCUUCACAUAUACGUGUGUCCCCUGUCCACCCAACACCUUCUCAAACACAAUGGCUGGGAACUGCAGGCCACUGACUGACUGUCAAGCCUUUGAUCUUAUCACCAUCACCCCUGGCAACCGAACCCACAACACAAAGUGCGGAUGUCACAAAGAUUCCUGCCACUCCAAGGUACCUCUGCUGGUGGCUUACUUACUCUUCACCAUCACAUUAGUGAUUUUGAUUGCCAACAUUCUGCUAUGGAGGAUCAUGUGCAAGAAGCAAACCAUUCAUUUUAAGCCUGCCAUCAAGCCCGAUCCCCUCAUCAAAGAGCCAGCACAGCAGGAUGAUUACUACUGCUGCUUAUCACAAGAAGAAAAUGGGGGUAAACCAGUGCAGGAGAAUAGCCUCAAGGACACUGACCUCACCCUGAAGCUGACGUGAGUGUGCCGUCGACUUGCGAAGGGCAGUUUCGACCAGCGGGCUCAACGUGACUGGCCUUCUCUGGAUCCCGAAGGGGACUCAGUGGAGCAGGGAUGUCGUGACCAAGUGCCAGGCAGGUAUCCUGCAAUGCCAUAUCUGGAGAAGCACAGAGGUCGGUGCCAGUUUCUUGGGCACAUCGUGUUUGUAUUUAUUGCACUUAUUUAUUACGAAAAACCCCAAGGAGUGGGAGGCCAGGCCAUCUCCACAGUGGACAUGCUUUUCCGUUUUUUUUUAUUUGUGCAUAAAUGUUAUUAUGCGGUUUAAAGAUAUUUUAUUUAACUCACCGUCCUUUUGUCUAUUUCUUUAUUUACGGUGUCAUUAUUGACAUUGCCAACAUGGAUUCUUUUCAUUUUUGAAGGGUUUUGCUGUAUACAUUUCAAUGUACACAUUUCUAAUCCUAUCCAUCCACGUCACACCAUAUUCUAAGGUAAUAGUAAUAAUAUAAUGCAAGUACAUGUGCUAAUAGAAUACAUUAAAUAUGUGCCUUUUAGCAGCACUUUGCAAUGGAGUGAGCACAAAGAGGCUUGUGGUGGCUCAAUUGGUUUCAUACACAGUAGAUUCCAAUUCAAGUGAUAUGAAAAUGGUAUUGAUUGAUGUGUGUUAGUGGGGCAGGGUAAGGGUCUGCCCAGAGUUGACUGGGCGGUCUCGUAGCCUGGAAUCCCUGCAGAUUUUAUUUUUUUUUCUCCAGCC